AUGGCGCUCCCGCUCCCGCCGGGGCUCAACCACUCCGAAGCGGCCUUCCUCGCCGAGAUGGAGCUGGUGACCGUGGUUCCGCGCCAACGACUUGAAAGCAUCGAGCUCCUAGGUGGCAAAACCCCACCCCUCCGCCCACUACACCGCGCGGACCUACCCCUGUGGUUAGCCCUCCUCCUCAAGAAACAGCGCCGCGCCAACAUCGUCCCUCCACCCUGGCUGCACCCAUCAUCGCUCGCCGAAAUCAUCCACCGCGAGACCAAGGAAGACCCAUCCGCCUUCUCCCCGCCGCCCCCGGCCCCGUCGCGCGCUGACCCCGCCCGCCCGGGCCACGCUCACCAAUAUGAUACCACGACGACCACAACCAUCUUAUCCCCGCCGUUCCUCCCCUCUUCCUGCACCGCCGCCGCGCCCGCGGGGUACCUGCCGUACCACUGGCUUGAGGUGGCGGAGCAGCUGCUCGCGCACGCCGGGGACGACAUGGCCGGGCUGGGCGGGGCGUCUGCGGGGGAGAUUCGGGGACUGUUGCGGGACUUGGUCGAGGUUCGGGCUGCCAAGAUGAGGAGCAGCGCCGCUGCUCUAGAAGGGUUCGGCGGCGGGUUGAUGAGCCUGCGGGGUGUCGGCGCCAUGGAGCUGGCCGAGAGCAGGGGGUUUGUGCUGGGCGUGGUGGAUGGGGUGCGCAAGAUUGGGGCCGGAGCUGAGGCGGCGAGGCGCGAACGGGAGGAGGAGGAGAUGGCUGGCCCUGGGCUUGGGCUUGAAGACGACGAGAGUGAUGAAGAGAUGGGGAUUUGA